CCCCCCCCCCCCCCCACCCCCCCCCCCCCCCACCCCCCCCCCCCCCCACCCCCCCCCCCCCCCACCCCCCCCCCCCCCCACCCCCCCCCCCCCCCACCCCCCCCCCCCCCCACCCCCCCCCCCCCCCACCCCCCCCCCCCCCCACCCCCCCCCCCCCCCACCCCCCCCCCCCCCCACCCCCCCCCCCCCCCACCCCCCCCCCCCCCCACCCCCCCCCCCCCCCACCCCCCCCCCCCCCCACCCCCCCCCCCCCCCACCCCCCCCCCCCCCCACCCCCCCCCCCCCCCACCCCCCCCCCCCCCCACCCCCCCCCCCCCCCACCCCCCCCCCCCCCCACCCCCCCCCCCCCCCACCCCCCCCCCCCCCCACCCCCCCCCCCCCCCACCCCCCCCCCCCCCCACCCCCCCCCCCCCCCACCCCCCCCCCCCCCCACCCCCCCCCCCCCCCACCCCCCCCCCCCCCCACCCCCCCCCCCCCCCACCCCCCCCCCCCCCCACCCCCCCCCCCCCCCACCCCCCCCCCCCCCCACCCCCCCCCCCCCCCACCCCCCCCCCCCCCCACCCCCCCCCCCCCCCACCCCCCCCCCCCCCCACCCCCCCCCCCCCCCACCCCCCCCCCCCCCCACCCCCCCCCCCCCCCACCCCCCCCCCCCCCCACCCCCCCCCCCCCCCACCCCCCCCCCCCCCCACCCCCCCCCCCCCCCACCCCCCCCCCCCCCCACCCCCCCCCCCCCCCACCCCCCCCCCCCCCCACCCCCCCCCCCCCCCACCCCCCCCCCCCCCCACCCCCCCCCCCCCCCACCCCCCCCCCCCCCCACCCCCCCCCCCCCCCACCCCCCCCCCCCCCCACCCCCCCCCCCCCCCACCCCCCCCCCCCCCCACCCCCCCCCCCCCCCACCCCCCCCCCCCCCCACCCCCCCCCCCCCCCACCCCCCCCCCCCCCCACCCCCCCCCCCCCCCACCCCCCCCCCCCCCCACCCCCCCCCCCCCCCACCCCCCCCCCCCCCCACCCCCCCCCCCCCCCAAACCCCAAGAACCCUAUGCCGAAGCCUGUGAGCAGGCUCCGGGAGGCUCUCAAGAGGCAGGGGCCACUGACUCCUCGGCCGCCUCGAGCCCGCGUACGCCCCAAUGUGGGCGGGCAUCCUGCAGGAACGGCCUCACGAGGGCAGCCGCGCAUUGCGGGCUCCUACGCCCCAAGAGCAUCCCGCCGCCCACUCCACACAGCUCGGAGGCCCAGGUGAACCCCAGGCGGCCUCUGUCCCACUCCAAGGCGCCCCCACUCAUCUUCGCCGACCGUAAGCGCCGGCCCAUUGCAUUUCAACAAAAUGGUCAAUGGCAGACCGCUUACACGCCGCCUCCAAGCCUCCGCCCAACGGAGCGAACCCCCGCCGCCAUUCUGGGGCAAAAGCACUCGCCUCAUCCUGUAGCAUCCCUCUCAACCAGGCACAAUCCAUCGUUAAAUCCUGUGCUCAAUGCUCACGCCUUGCCCUCGUUAGACCCCCCUCAGCAGACUUACAAUCAGCAUCGGAACGACCCGAAGAUCCAGAGGAUCCGCCCAACCCGAAGACUCCCGCAGCAGCCGGCCCGCCUCUAG